AUGCCAAAACAAGAACAAGAAGAAGCGCAACCAUUCAAAGUGGCCCUGUCCACCAAAUUUGUGGUGACGAGCAUCACCGCUAGUUGUGCCGUGGCCUUUGGAAUGGGACGAUUGGCCAAAAUGACAUUGACGACGCCCACAGCAGUGGCUUCCAUAAAGAAGGAUCCGGCACAAAUUGACAUGCCCACUCCGAUAGCACCCAAAGGAAAGGAAGUUCCAGAAACCAUUUACACUGCCAAGAACUUUGACACCCGCAAAUCGGCCACCAUUUUCUCACAAUGGCUCCAGCAGGACCCGGAAGACUGGAAUAACGUGCCAGAACCGAUCAAUGAACGUCUGAAUGAGACCUACGAAGAGGACGACGAAGAGCACCUUCCAGCCGGGCAACACUUGCUCGUGGAUAUUGACAACAUUGAAGCGGAUUUCCUAGAUUCGGAGGAACGCCUCGCGACUGCCAUGGUAGACUUGGUCAAUGGCUCUGGUUUGACAUUGCUGUCGUAUCAUUGCCACGGAAUGGUUCCGUCAGGAGUCAGUUGUGCUGGAGUCUUGUUGGAAUCUCAUGUUUCCUUUCAUACCUGGCCUGCGGAAGGUGUCAUCACCUUGGAUUUGUUCACUUGUGGUUGCACUUCCCUACUUGACAGUAUGAAGAUCAUUGAAAACCUCUUUGCCAUUCCGCGAAAUGGACCAGAUGGGGAUCAACCUACUGUCUUGUGGGCCUACAAGAGACGAGGUUUCAAGGAUCAAAUCUCCGACUUGCCACACAACAAACCUGGAUCACCAAGAGAUACCUUUGCGUAUCCAAUUGGAAUCCACGGGCAGGAUUACAAAAAGGAUGUUGCUUCUGCCGAGAUUGCUCCCAACAAAUUUGCAUAUGUGUAUGAUUACAUUCAACGACCGCACCAAGACACGGCAUUAUACAUGAAAUCGAUUUCCAACGACGGAUCGUACGAAUCCAAGAACCCAGAACUCUUUUCUCCCAACCGAUUAUUUUACUACAAUGGAGUCUUCAAGUCCAGUAGUCUCGGGAACGCGGAAGCCUUUGAAUCCAUGGUGCACCCUGCCAUGAUGGCACACCCCGAUCCAAAGAAGGUGUUGGUCUAUGGAUCAGCAACUGGUGCUGCCCUUCGAGAAGUCCUUAAACAUACCACUGUCACUGAGGUUACCAUGGUGGGUGUCGACACUACACUGAUGCAAUUUGCCCGCCAAUAUUUGCCAAGUUGGAAUGAUUGCUCCAACUUUGGACUGGCCAAGAACUGUUUCGACGACGCUAGAGUCAAGUUUGUCGACUCAGUUACCCCUUCCUCCAAGUUUGAUGUCGUGGUGGUGGACACUGAUUUCUUUGAGGGUGUGCACGAUCAAGAAUUCUUGAAGGGACUCGUGACUUUGUUGUCGGAACAAGGUGUUACGGUCUUUCAUGUGACAAAAGACCGUCCAGCCGAUAUGGCCAGGGUCUUGCCCAAAGGAUCCAAGGCAUUCAUUUUGGAUACGAAGCGAACCGAUUUCAUGACCGAGCUGGAAAGUGCUGGAUUUGGCCAAACCAAGGAAUACAAGGAAAAGCAAGUUGGAUUCGCCGAACCACGAAACCACGUUGUCGCAUUCAAGGGUGGAGCUCUCAACUGGGGAUUGAACGAAGCUCAAAUAAACCGUGAACUUGUUCGCCGUACGGCUGUCACUACCUCUGGAGUUUCUGCUUUGAAGUUCUUUGAUGGUGCCAAGAUGACUACCUACAGCCGAUUUUCCAAUGGAAAGGGUGGACUAGAUUGCAUUUCGAGUCCUACCGAACAAGUCUGCGCCAACCGUGCUGGUAUUGAGAGACAAGAGUCUUCGAACAACACUGGUGGGGACAAGCAAUGCGGUGGAUCACCGCAAAUGCCCGCGUGCAAACAUGCCGAAUACCUGCAGCAUGUGACUGCCGCUGCUGCAACUGUUUCAUCAUCUACUUGA